AUGGUGGGUACACGUAACAAUGGUAACCCAUCCAGUAGUAAUGUUCCGCCUCCCGAAGUGGACCCACGCCAACUUUUGGCAAUGAUUCAGGGACUGGCGACGAAUCAACAGCAUUUGGCUGGGCACUUGCAGCGGGAGCCUCACCAGCCUCCCCCUCAUACAGAACCUGGUGUUAGAGAGUUUCGGUAUAUGCGACCUCCUUCUUUUUCCAGUGCCGAAGGACCUCUAGCAGCAGAAGAGUUCCUGAAGGUUACCGAGACUAUCCUUACGGUGACCCGCAUUGCUCCUACAGAGUGGGUGGACCUUAUGGAUGUCCAGCUCACAGAUACGGCUCGAAUCUGGUGGGAUGCCGAGAAGACACACCUAGAGAGGCCGAUUCUGUGGGAGACAUUCACGGAUCGCUUCAAUAGGAAGUAUUUUCCUCAAUCGGCCCGAGAUGAGCUCCUGCACCCCACUAUCAGGAAGCACCAGUUCCAGAAAGGUCUGGACAAGUAUAUCAGAUUGGCUUUGGCUGGUAAGGCACUCGCGACUCACGACGCCGUAUUGGAUGCAACACGCGAGAUUAAAAGCGUGCAGAAGGAACCAGAAGAUUCACACUUGAUUCAGAGUAGGACACCAGCAGCUCCGACCCGAAAUGUCGAGCGUCCCCCUCCGAGGCAGCAGCAGCAGGCUCCUCAGAGACAGCAGCAUUCUCAGCAUCAGCCAUUUCAGCAGGCUCACCCUUAUCAGUGCCCUGGAGUGCAGUCUCAUGGCCAGUCUUCAGUGAGAUGUGCUUAUUGUGGCUAUUCCGGGCAUACUCAGCGACCUCUCCCUCCACAGCAGCAGAUUUAUCAGGAAGCACACAUGCAGCAACCUCAGCGACAGAUGUUCAUGAUGUCAGCCGUAGAAGCUGAGGCGAACGAUCAAGUUAUCACUGGCAAGGUUCUUGUUUCCUCUGUCCUUGCUUUAUCGCUCUUUGACUCUGGAGCUUCCCAUUGUUUCUUGUCUCGUCGAUUUGCGAGUGCCCAUUCUCUUCCUAUAACUCCUCUGACUAUGGGCUGGAAUAUCAACACGGGCAGUGGUGUCCUAGUAGCAUCUAGUGGUUAUGAAGCAUGCCCUGUGGUCAUCUGUGGGAAGGAACUCUUCGCAGAUUUUCUGGUGAUAGAUUUGCCGAGCUUUGAUGCAGUUUUUGGGAUGGAUUGGUUGGGGUCGUUCUUUGCCACCAUUGAUUGUCAUCGUCGGAGCGUAGUAUUCGAGAUACCGGAUCACCCGAGGUUUGAAUUCCUCAGUGGCAGUACAUCGGCUGGACCGAUAGAGUACAGAGCUAGACCGAAGAAGGCGAUGUUUGCUGCCAUGCAGGUGGAACCCGAGAAGCCAAAUGUAGUUCAGGAAUUUGAAGAUGUAUUUCCCGACGACAUUUACGGAUUGCCACCGGAUCGAGCAAUUGAUUUUUCCAUAGAAUUAAAGCCUGGAACUGCUCCGAUCUCCAAGACUCCUUAUCGUAUGCCUCCAGCUGAGUUGGCCGAGCUUCGGACUCAGUUGGAUGAUCUUUUGCAGAGAGGCUUGAUACGACCUAGUGUAUCGGCCUGGGGAGCACCUGUGUUGCUCGUGGGAAAGAAGGAUAGAUCCAAGCGGAUGUGCAUCGGCUAUCGAGAGUUGAAUGCGGUGACAGUGAAGAAUAAGUAUUCACUUCCCCGUAUCGAUGACAUCUUCGAUCAAUUGGAAGAGCAAGUGAAGGUGUUCACUGACCACAAGAGCUUGAAGUAUAUAUUUACUCAGAAGGAGCUCAACAUGAGGCAAUGCCGAUGGUUAGAGUUGAUGGCGGAUUACGACAUUGAUCUUCAGUAUCACCCUGGUAAGGUCAAUGUGGUACCAGAUGCUUUGAGUCGUUUGCCGGCAAUCAUGACCCCUCACAGCUCAGUGAAGACUUUAGCAGGAAGUGAGGGAUAUGAGUAUAGAAGUUAUACUUCCAGGAGUCACCGCUUCCUUGAUGAAUCUUCAAAUUCAAUCGAUAUUGGUCGAGCGAAUCAAGGCUGCACAAUCAGGUGA